AUGAAAACUUCUGCAGAGCAGCUGAUCCUGAAGGUCAACUUUGUGACUGUGAAGAUUUUUAUCCUUGACAUGGGGAUGAAGGACACUGUGCCGAAUGUGGGCAUGGAUGCAGUAAACAUCCUUGGACUCGGAAGACAGCAGACAUUGGACAUUCCAAAAUACCCCAGGAUGAAGAGGCUUGCCCAAGUUCCUCCAGUACUGCUGCAGCGAAAGAGAUCUUUAACCAUCAAACUGUCAAAGGGCCCAGGACUGUCAGCUGGCUUGCAAAAGACUUGGAGGGAUACUACCACUAGUUCACAACCUUCUGGGAGCCAGGCAAGACAGAGUACUACUACCACCUCUGGAGUAUCCAAUUUCUGUGUUGCAUCAGUUGGUAUACUCAUUUGUGGAGUUGAUAGACAUGGCGCUAUUAGAGUGUUGAAAGCCCCAUCAAAAAAUGGUAUGAAUGAGAUCCAGGCCAUGAAGAAUUGCAGAUGUUAUGUGGAUGAACAAGUGACAUUCUAUCAUGACUGGUCAUAUGCCCGGUCAGCAGCAGGCCAGGAAGAGAAGCCACCUUGGAGGCUCUUGAACAAAAGUGGUCAAGUACUGACUGUUGUUGACAUUGCAUGUCUGACUGGAACAGACUUAGCCAAGCACAAGGGCAGGGACAAAGCAAGUGUGACAGAAUCUCACCUUUGGUUUGGAACCAUAUUCCACACCAGUUCAGAUUCUGAAGCUGAUAACGAUGGUUCAGAAAUGGAGCUUCUGUCUGAUGUGGACAGUAUUGGAGAUGACACCAACCAUAACCCUGAACUUGCUAGCUCCUUGAUGGAGAUGGAGUUGAGUGACUCUGGAGACUUUCACACUGACUACAAAGGCAAAGGAAAGCUGAAGAUCUUGAAGACGCCAAUGGUCAAUGAAUUAACAAUUGCGUAUCUAGCCAAACAUACUCACACAGCACUCUCCCCUGAUGAAUCACUGACAAAUCUGAGAGUAGCAUUGAAAAAGCUCAAGAGUGAAACAGCUGCCAUCCCACUUUUCCUGCCUUCACAGUCCUCUCCUUCACUCACUGACAGUUGGCUGAGCAUUCCAAGUGUACCAGCUACAUAUGCAACAUGCCCUGAAUUAUCCCAUCCAGCUACAAUUGUCCCCAUGAGUGAAGAUGAUAUUUUGUGGCACAACCAGCCUCAACCUGACAACCCUUUCGCACCAGUUAUAGUCAAUCCCUGGGAGUCCGAAUAUGUUAUCAGGCCAGUUGAUUAUCUUUUUUAAUGCUUUCACAUUUCAGUUUCUUGUCUACAUGUUUAAUCGCUCUUUUUCUGUUUGUCUUGCACUAUACUUCACUACAGCAGCAUGAUACUUAUGAUACAAGUCUUUGAGCCAUA